UUGAAAGGCAAUUCGCAUGCAUCUUCUCUGUAAUUUCUCUUCGCGCUUUCUGCGUCGUCCCUCUUGGGUUUUUACUUUUUAGGGUUUUUAGAUCUUCAAUCUCUCCCUCUAUACGUAAAGUUUCUGCACCGUAUAUAUGUCUGCUCCGCCGAUCUCGGAUGCGCAGUCCUUCCGUCGCUUCACUUCCGCGACCCUCCACGCCUCCGCCACGACCGAUGUGGAGCCGAAGCUAGGAGACGAAGUCCACCGGGGUUCGUCUCCGGCGCCGGGGAUGGCCGACCGAGGAAUCGGAUCAUGGUCGACACGGCAGCAGCGCCUCUCCUUCUCCUCCCUGGCUCCGUCAUCGGCGAAGCCCGUCCAUGAAAACCAGAAAGGGCUUGGAGACGCGACGGCGCGUGAAGAGCAGCGGGCCCUGCCGCAGAGAGGGGAAGUUCCGGUGGACCGGAAGGAAGAGGAAGAGGAGGAAGAGGAGGGGGAGGUGAAGAGGACGUGGAACUUACGGCCAAGGAGGAGCAGUGCCGGUUCGAAGAAGAUCAAUGGCGUGUUCUCGCAGGAGGCAUGCGGCGGAGGCGGUGGACUUUCGGAGGUAAAACACCAGAAAUCCGGCGUUGGAAUGGAGCCGAAAUCGAGCAGACACAGAGGGGUUCAAGCAGAAUCGCGGGGAUUAGGCGGCGGAGAGGGAAGGAACGAGAAUCCGAGGCUAUGGGUUGCUCUUUCGCGAGACGAAAUCGAAGAAGACAUCUUCAGCAUGAGCGGAAACAGGCCGUCUCGUCGGCCGCGAAAGCGACCGAAAACCUUGCAGAAACAUCUCGAUGUUAUGUUCCCCGGAUUGAGCCUUGUGGGACUGAAUGCUGAUUUGCUUCAGAGCAGCCAAUUCUCAGUCCAAGAACUACAGAGUGUCGGUAACUGUGAUUGCAGAGAAGAGAUGAUCAAGGAAUGCGUGCCCGCGAGGCUUUGAUGAAGGAAAAGUUGCGGGGCCGAGAUACAGAACAGUAAAAUACAAUGGAUGUCUCUCCUUCGAGGUAUAUGAAAUGCAUUUUCUAGUUUCAGGGUUUACUAAACAUAAUAGGAAGAAAAAUCAUUACAUUACAAGAAAGUAAAUAUGGGUAAAGGUUAUAUAUAUAUAUAUAUGGUUUCUAGUUUUCCUUUCUGGUAGGCAGAGAUCUGUGUCCCUUCAUUUCAUUUCCUUGUUCUUGUUACUAUGACAAAGAAAAUGCGUAAGGACUAGCAAAUCAAAUGUGAAGUUUGAUCUGAUCCUCAGGACAGAGCAUAGAUAACAUUAAUCACAACCAACUGGAUCACUUUUCUGCAUGAUCCUGCCAUCAUAUCCUACACCAUAUAUAUCUUAGCUAAUCUUGGUGAGGGUUACAUCUUUUUCAAUGUGUCCGGCCAUGGAGUUUGCAGUACAAAUGAAUGGUAUAUUUGAUCAAUUAUCCUACCAAUUCCAUUAGUAAGUGUGAAAGUAAAAUGGUAGAUCGGAGAUGAAGAUGGGUGGUAUGAUUGCUUGAUAAUUUUUUUUUUUUUAUAUUUCGAAAGUUCAGUGGAUUUUUUGUCUAACUA